ACAGCAAAGAAAGACUAUAAUUACUCAAGAGGAUUAUGAUUUAAUAAUUAGUAUUUUAAAAAAUCCUACAAAUACAUCUAAUGGAACUGCAAAAGACUAUUUUUGGACAAAAAAGGGUUUUUAUUUGCAUAAUCUUAGAACAUCCCAAAAUCCUAUUCUCCAACUUAUGGAAUUAAAAAAUACAAAUAAAAAAACAGAACAGGUUAUUUGUCUAUUUCAGAAUCUUUAUACUGUUCUUGAAAAGAUACACAGUAGUGCACAUAAAUAUUCUGGUUCCAAAAAGACUUUUGAUGCAACAUACGCACUAUAUACUAAGGAAGCAGCAGAAGUUGCAGCAUUCUUAUUUUCAGUUCUUACUGUCUUUGGUUCUUCAUAUAUUUUGCAAAGUGAUAAUAGAAGAGAAUUUAUAGCUCAAAUUAUUUAUGAACUUCUUAGUUUAUGGAAAGAAAUUCAUAUAAUUAAUAGGUGGCCUCGCCACCCUCAGUCACAAGAAGAUAAUGAUCGAAAAGAUUGGAGUAUUGGACUUCCAAUAGUUACUU